UAUAAAUUAGAGAGAUUUUUAAAUUAGAGAGAAUAUUUUGAUUCUGUAAAUGUAUUUUGGCGAACCUCUGAAUUUCGACGUGCAAAUACAUAGUUGCGUCAUCGCGUGGGAUUAUCGAAAAGCUGGAUCACGCUCCGUUUGUUCGUUUAUGGGUCGUCGAUCUUGACUGACCCGUUCCGCCGCACUCCUUCGAUACUUCUCGCAUAUUUCGCGUUUAUAAUGCCCAUAAUUAAAAUGACAUCAGCUUUGUUUUCUCCGAUCUCCUCCCCCUUUGCUUUAAAAUGUUUGGAAUGCAACACAGGGCUUAUUUGUGGAACAUUGUUGGUGCACGUAUGCAUAGUUAUCGCUGAGGAUGUCGGCAGACAGUGUGUCUUUAGUUCAUUGUACGCCAGAUGGCUCACGCGAAAAUAUAUGAACGGAAAUUCGAGUGUGCCAAACGCAAAAGGAAUGCGGUGGACAUCUCAGGAAAUGUCUAGUUAAUAUACACGGAACAAUGAGUGCAAUAAUUGAGAUGCGUGGCUGAAUAUUUGUUGAGCGAACUAAAGAAGCUCUCGGAGGAGAGUCUUACUCGCCAGCCAGAAGAGGUGUUCGACAUCAUCUGUAAAUUGGGCGAAGGAUCUUAUGGCAGUGUGUAUAAGGCGUUGCACAAGGAGAGCGGGCAGGUGCUCGCCAUCAAACAGGUGCCCGUGGACACGGACCUGCAGGAGAUCAUCAAGGAGAUCUCCAUUAUGCAGCAGUGCGACAGCCCGUACGUGGUCAAGUACUACGGCAGCUACUUCAAGAACACAGACCUCUGGAUUGUAAUGGAAUACUGUGGCGCCGGAUCGGUAUCGGACAUUAUGAGGUUACGAAAGAAGACACUGUCUGAGGACGAGAUCGCUACUAUAUUAUGCGAUACUCUUAAAGGGCUGGAAUACCUGCACAGAAGGAGAAAGAUCCAUAGAGAUAUUAAGGCGGGAAAUAUUCUGCUCAAUACGGAGGGGCACGCCAAGCUAGCAGACUUUGGUGUCGCUGGACAACUAACGGACACUAUGGCUAAACGAAACACAGUGAUCGGAACCCCAUUCUGGAUGGCUCCCGAGGUGAUCCAGGAGAUCGGCUACGACUGCGUGGCAGACAUUUGGUCGUUGGGCAUCACGGCGUUAGAAAUGGCAGAGGGCAAACCUCCAUACGGAGACAUACAUCCAAUGAGAGCUAUCUUCAUGAUACCGACUAAACCACCUCCUUCAUUCAGAGAACCGGACCAAUGGUCUUCAGAGUUCAUAGACUUCGUCAGCCAGUGCCUUAUAAAGAACCCGGAGGAGCGAGCUACAGCAGAGUUCCUGUUAAAUCACGAGUUCAUAGGUAACGCAAAGCAUCCGACCAUACUGAGCACGAUGAUAGCGGAGGCUCGCGAGAUCCGAGAGUCGCAAGCCUUCCGGAAUGCAACACAGUCCAAUAAUGCUAAAACAUUCGGAGCUGGCGAGGGCUACGAUGAGGAGACUAUGAAGCAGCGGUCGGACGGCACACUGGUAGCUCGACGGACCGGCUCCACAGAGCUGGCGGAUGAUCUCGGCACUAUGGUUAUCAACGAGCCGGACGUCGACCUCGCCACCAUGAAACGGCAUGACACCGACCCUAUGGACACGAAUCGUCCGAAGUACCGGCCGUUGUUUCUGGAACACUUCGAAAAGAAGGAGGUGAAUCACCUCGGCCUCGCGCCUGCUAACGGCGCGCCCGAACACCCCCCGCCCGCCCCGUUACUAGACAGCACAGAAGACGGCGGCACUCUAGUUCGCGCCCUGGUCGAGGAAGGCAACUUCGAAUUCUUAUCGUGUCUGCCCGUGGGUGAACUGGAAGCUCGCGUUUCGCGACUAGACGCUGAAAUGGAGGCCGAGAUAGAGCAGUUGCGCGCGCGGUACACCCGCAAGCGGCAGCCGAUCCUCGACGCUAUACACCUCAAGAGGAAGCGGCAGCAGAACUUCUAGCACCGCGGACUGCUAAGUAUCACGCGCUCAUAAAGACAUUGAAAUUAUUUUCGACAGUUUCACAUUCGACUAUACUUACUAUACGUCGUUACGCGAGGACGCGAAGUGUUUUUAAAAAAUAUGUUGGAAUCAUUUCUAGCACCGCGGACCGCUUGGUAUCACGCGCUCAUAGAGACAUUGAAAUUAUUUUCGACGGUCGACAGUUUCGCCUUGGUCUAUACUUAAUACGUUCGAUACGCGAGGACUCAAGUGUUUUUAAACUAUAUGUUAGAAUAUUUUUUUUUCUUUUGAGAGUUUCUCGGUACAAAUAGUUUUGUUGAUCAACUAUAUUGUAAAAUAAUGCUUAUGAUUAUAGGUAUUGACAACACUUUUAUCAUUUCUAAAACGUACUUAUAUAUCUAGUUCUUUAUACUUUUUCCUUAUUUUUAAAACAAAUCUGAAUAUAAGGUUUCCGUACAGGUCUGUGAGGUAACAUUUGCUUCAUGGUUUGUAUUGCAACAGAUGUUAUCUUUUCAAGUUACUUUAGCAUUCUUAUAUUUCGUUUCUCUGUUCGAACUGGAAUAUUUUAUUUUUUCCAAGUUCUCAGAAGAAGGUUGUUUUUUUUUUUUUUGCAAAUAAUUUAUUAUAAUAAAUCUACCUUCUCUUUGAGACUGUGUUUCUUCACACACUGCGUGUCCUCAAGGUGCUUUUGAUGUGGUGCCAAAAUAUAAAGUGGGUUCCUAAACAUCGCGUUAUUAAUAUUGCAUUUACACAAUCGUGAACUAAUAUUAAACUACGCGGCCUAAUCUUUUCGAAAAAAAUAUUUAAAGAACAGCAAAAAAAAACUGAUUGUCCUUCGUAUAAAAAGGUUUAACUCAAAUGUGAUUAAUUUUUACACAAAAUUAUUGGACAAUAGUUAUAAUUGCAGUUUAAGUGAAUAAAAAGGUUUAACUCAAAUGUGAUUAACUUUUACACAAAAUUAUUGGACAAUAGUUAUAAUUGCAGUUUAAGUGAAUCAGAGUUCUGAAACUUCGAUUGGUUAAUUUCGUACUCCACCUUCAUGGAGCAAAAUAUUAAUAUGCGUUGACAGUAACGCGGGUACAACAUAAUGUCUAUAACACGCGCCAAUAAAAAAAAAUACGACGUAAGUCAUUCUGACCCUCUCACACAUGCUGUCUCAAGUAACGUACGAGAGAGACAAAGUCUUGUGUCGGUAUUUUCGAUUCGUUUCUUGAGUAGCACGAGUUAUACUCAUAUCGUGCGAGUCAACCACUUUAACGACAAUGUACAGUCAGCAACAAGCAUUAAGUUAUCCUUAACUAACAAAAAUAAACAGACUUUGACCUUAACGUCGCUUGAUAUAAGGAUCGCGAUUGAAAAAUUUGACAGUUGGUAGUAAUUGAUGCGUUGUUGGCAGUACUGAUCCAGUAACAUUUAUGUUACUUUAAUUCUUUUGAUGUUAAUAAACAAAGUUAUGCGACCGUGAUUGGUUGAAAACGGCUGCGUGCUCAUUUGUAAAUGUUAAAAAAAAGAUGAACAACGACUGUAAAUUAACGUUUAGGAGAAAGGGCUCCUAGUUUUGUAGUAUAAUGUUAAUAAUACAUAGGUAGGUUGUUGAGUAGAAAGGUAGGGUGAAGCUGACACAUAUCCCUAGCUGAUGGCACUGUUCGCUGUGCGCUUGUGUUAUUGCUGCUGUACGUAACAGCUGCGCUAGCUAGUCGUUAAAACGUUGCGGGUAGUUCGAUAAUGAAUGAUAGUCAAAAUUCAUGCGCUCGAAGGCUUGUAAGUCAAGUUAUAGUCGGCACUUCUUAUAUCCAUAUAAUGCUCUAUCUAUAGCGAAUGAAAGGGAGACUCUAUUGUCAAGUUAACAAGUAUCAAAUAUUGAAUAGCCAUGUGAGGACUAGCAUAACGCUGGCACUUCACUUGGCCAUUCGUAUUUGCUAUUUGUAGGCCUGACAACAGUCGGUCCUUAUCAUGCUUUAAAGGAAUAAAAAAGACAGACUGACUGAUGUCAAGUUAACAAAUAGAUAAUUCAAGUGGUGGCAUAAUAUUCGUAUUAUUGGCAGAGUCAUAUUAUGUGGACGCUUUCUUGAAUAUCGUCGCGUUUUUAAUCUAAAGCGCAGACAACAUUAGUGAACAAAGCGAAGCGAAAGCGUUCGUAUAUUAUAAAACCUAAAGUUUGUGGUGUGACAAUAUAUGGGACAAAUUAAGUAGUAGAGUGAAUUAAAGAAUUUUAUUUGGGGUUUCCUUUUUGAGUGCGAGUUUUCCAACAUAGUGGACAUGACUGUUCUGGCUUGUUUUAAUAGUAUAUAGGUACAGAGUUGACGGAUGUGCUAUAAGUAACUAUAUUUUAUUAUUAAAGUUCCGUUACAUAACAGCUCAGCGGACAUGAUAUGCCACUUACUAUACCUACUAGUAAUGAGACAUCGAUUGCAUUUAUACGGUUUACAGUUAAAACUAUGUAAGUAAAGGUGUUAAUAACAAAAUAUUUCUGAUAAAUUGAUAGUCAGAAAUAUUUUAUCUCAGGCGAUUUUUUUCCACAGAUUAAGGUACCUCAUAAAUAUUUUUUGUAAUAUCUCUGUGCUAUAUUUAGUAAAAAAUUAAAUUACGACCGCACUUAAGAGACGUCAAUUGUUUAAAGCUUGCGUGUUAAACAGACAUGUCGUUUAUUCUAUUGUUAUCGCAAAAAAGUGACACUGUCAAGUUAAAUCGAACAUUAAAUAAUUUUCGACUGUAAGGGCUGUUGUUUGAAGUUUAUAAUAUAAUAAAAAUACGCCUUCUUUCUGGUGACUUUUAUCUAUAGAAGUCAGCAAAAACACCCGCGGACCCCAAAUAGAUAUUCGACGGACUGAUUUGAUGACGUAAUUGUAGAGACUACAUGAAAUGUAUUUCUAGUUUUUAUAAACGUAAACUUAAGUGAAAUUAUUAGAGGAACAAAUGAUAAGCGUCGGUAAUUUCAGUUUUGUAAAUGUUUGACCGAACGCAAGCCAUAUGAUAAGUAUUAUUUUGUAAUUGCGAAUUCUAAAACACUGUUUUAUUUUAAUACCCUUAAUUUCACUAAACUAUAAUGUUAAUUCGUUUGAAGAAUGCGAUAUAGCUUCGUAUGAAGUAUGUUCAUAAUGCGAUUCAACUAAGAAUAGGACCGACUGGGCGCCAUAUUGUGAUGUCAUAGCUGUCAAUUCAAACCAAAUAGGUAGUGAGCAAAAAAAAAAAUUUUAUUUAAUAAAACUUAUUUACUAAGAUUAAGUGAGAAAAAGCAUCAAAUUUUUUUAAUAACAUUUAGAUUGAGAGAAAAAAACCAUCGAUUUUUAAUAAUAUUUAUUUAUUAAGACUGUGAGAAAAAACAUUAAUCAGAAUCUAGCUCUUCUAUUCCGCUCAUCUCUGCAUUACCGCCGGAGUAGUUAUGAUUAAUCAUACACUAUUACUAGAUCACAUACGAACAUGCAUCCUUUAUGUAAACGGAAGAUUGAAAUAGAGUUUCUGAAUGCAAGUUAAAGUGACAUUUAGUGUCAACCAAACCUAAAUCGUCAGAUUUAGGUUAUCAACCAUUCAUGGCCAAAGCUCAAUAAGUGAAAAAAAAUAACAACCGAUAUUAAUUAUCAAUAUUUGUUAUUCUUUGUUUACAAAUGUUUGGUUUUUAUUCUUGAAUUAGCGGACUGCUAAAAGAGGGUUCCAAGUUUUUUUUGCAAACUGUACUUUUCAAGCGACAUUUGACAGAUAGAGGUCAUUGGCUUUCCUAUUCUUAUUUGAAUCGCAUUAUACUGUGGAGAUUUCAGGUAUUAUAACCAUUUUUACAAGUAGUUUCAAACAUGAAAUACUGCUUGCACAGCGAACAGUCGAAAUGUAUUCUAGUGUUUCGAUUCAUUUUGCACUGUUUUAUAUUAGUCGAUUAACUAACGCUCAACUAGAGCAAAUGUAGAACAAAUAUUUAUAUACAUCUUUUAUAAAUUAUUUUAGUUUCUUUUUUAACAUUUAAGAUAUUCUAAGUUUAGUUCUUACGGUGCUUUAACAGAAAAUGUACCCUCGGAAACUGCCUGCCACAUUGUACACAAACCAUUACCUAUUUGCAUUGGAAACGCUGACGAGACAAAUCUAAGACGCAAGGACUACGACUAGGGAAGUGCAUUUAAUUACGGCGACCAUUGCUACCUCUUUUAAAUCCUUUGAUGUGGGAAAUCGACGAAAAAAGAUUGUCAUACAACCCAAGCCGCAUCAGGCUUUAUAUGCAUUUUGCGUGUAACUUCUCUAUGUUAGUAGACUGUUGUGUUCUUUGAUUGUUAUCGUAUAUGUGCUAGGAUAUUCUUAUGGCUUUAUUAAAUGCAAAAUAUGUUUUUUUACGUAGCAGCGCAUGUGCUCGUUGCAUUUAUUGUGUCAAUGAGUCUGUCUGUACGUAGGGAUGUGCUCGUUAAAUUUUGUCUCAAAAAUUAUGGGCGGCAAAAUUUACUUAGGGUCAGCCGUAAAGUCCGUCACUAAAGGGCGGCAAAAUUUCUAGAUCGCACCCUGUCUGUACGUAAUACGAAACGAGCCAGUGGUGAGCCGGAACGCGCGAUUUUGAAUGUGCCUAAAUCGUCUCAUCUGAACAGGCUGCAGCAAUAAAAGCCGUCUUAGAAGCUCCUUUACUCAGCAUUGUGUAUGAAGCAGCCGGCAGUUACCUCCUGAUUCAAUGACUAUGUGCUGUUUGUAGAUAGACUUAACAAAGUAGUAGUUCUUUUUUUACUAUUAUUAAUACGAAUAAUUUAAUAUUUUGUUGCGUGUUUGUAUGUAUCAGAGUACGAAUUAUUUUAGUUCCUUAUAUGUUAGAUCUCACGUUAUAUCGCAAAUUAUAUUGUAAUAUACGUAUGUAAUAUUAGAUCAUAUCGUCUCCUUGUAAAUUAUUAAUUCGGUAGCAGGUUGUGAGAAUGAAUUUAUAAACAUAGAUAUUUGAUUUGAGAAGCAAUACUUUUUCUCUUGUUCAUUAAUGCAUUUUUUUACAAUAUACUGUAUUUUGUGUGUGUUAUAGUUGAUUCUUAAUUCUUAUUAGAAUCGACUGAUUUUAGUGUCCUUACAAUAUACCGGGUGUUUUUUAUUUCGUAAAAAAUGUUAGCCAGUCUAUAUGGAUAAAGAAUUAUUUUAUCUAAUUAUAUCUUGAAACGGAAGCUAGCAGUACUACUUUAUAAGGAAUAAUUUGAAAUGAACACUAUACAAAGACCUCAUACCACAGCAGUGCCCACUAUUGUAGUGGCUUUAUCUUUCCUGAAUACCAUUUCCUUAAGUAAAUAAGAUCAGUCGGUUUUGUGCAAGUUUAUGAUUAUUAUUUUAUCCCCUAUUAAAGAAAUAAUAACCAUGGACUAGUUACACAGUUUUUUACAUUUUUGAUUUAAACAUUUAAAAAAUAUUGUUAGUGGACGAUGAGACAAAAAUUGCGUAACUGGGCCAAGCUUAUUGAUCAACUUUAUUAAAAAGGUUUGACAUUUGUUAUUAAUAAGUAUUAUUCUUAAAGAUCGCGGGAAUGUAACAGCGAUCGACGACAUUCUGAAAAAUUCAUAAAUAUAAUAAAAAAAAAACUUUUAGAAGUGCCAUUAGUAAUGAAACAUAGUAUUUUCAUACUUCUAGUAAUAGCUGUAAAGAAAUUUUAUAUCUUUCGGUCUUUGUAGUAUCAGUGUUUCUUUAACAAGACAUUUUGUUUUGUGCCAUUGAUAAUAAGAUUUUGGAAUAUUGCGUCGUUAUCAUUGAUGCAGCGCAGCAAGUAUUUUCAUAAGAUUAUUGCUAAAUUGAAACAAAAUUGUCCUAUAAUAAAGCCAUAUUUAUUGUAACAAAUAUAUUUUGUAACUUAUUAACAAUGUAUUAGGUGUUAGCAGUACCUAAUAAAAGAUAUUUAGUUUCACUUUCAUUGGCAGUUACAUUAUUACCUCUUAACCAGUCAACAAAAAGGUAACACUGCCGAUUCUUAGUAGAAAUCCUGAUUCGGCCUACUAAUUGGAGUAUAAUUCUUUGUCUUUAAAAUGUACAGGGUAAAUUAAAUAAUACGUACAUAAUAUAUUUUUAGAACGCUUGACCGCAAUGCUGCUUUUAAAUUUCUUCAUCCUAACUUACUGAAUGAACUGAUUCAUUAGCUCUAUGAAAUGAAAUUAUAGAUCUAUUAAAUUGUCUGUCUACCUGUGCUGUUUACAUAAAAACCUGUAUUGUUGGUUCAUUUUGUUCAUGUAUCUUAAACAGUUGGAUAUGCAAUGUCAAUUUUUCUUGUAGGUGAUUGAUUGAAACGAAAACUUGUCUUGUAGAUGUUGAAAUUGCACCUUGUGUGUUUCCGGUAAGGUCUAAAACAAAGCAACAGGGAGCUUUGUCCCUGUUAAUUGUUUAUAAGAUUAGAUGUGUACGAAAUGUUUGUUUUAUUUGUAUUUAGUGUGAGGUGCUGUGCCGCGUAAUGUCCACGCCUAAAUUAGUUAGUAGCUUACUUACCGGGACGAAUAUUUAUUUCAUUUGUAUCGGUAUUAAUUUAUUUCCUCAAACUCUCUGAUACGGUUUAAAAUAGCGAUAUUAAUGCAGGACACUUGCGGCACGGCAUCAUGUGUACAGUUUGUUUUAGCGAUGAAAGUGCACUUUGUAAAUCGGUAGCCUGUUGAAGUGUUGAUAGCUAUGUAUGCAUUAUAUUUUUGGACAGACAACACACUGAUUAAAAGUAUAAAAUAAAAACACAAUCUUCUUAUUGACAACCUUUCCUGUUAUACUGUAUAGUGGAUGAAUACAAUAUAAUCUGCUUUAGAUAU